GUGCCUCGCGCCAGUCCCAACGCCAAACGCCAACACGAACCAGGACAAACGCCAAGUUGCCAACACCACUGCUAGUGGCCAGCAUGCGACAUGGGACAUGGGACGGACGGCAGACCCAGGCGGCGCCGUAAAGUCAUCUUGGUGUUGGCCCCCGUUGCGAUUGCUUUCCAUUUCACCUUUACCCGUCCCGUCCGUCGCUUUGCCUGCCCUCUUUCAUCCCACCACCUACUUACCACCCACCACCUGCUUGCCGCCGCCGUCCUUUUUCUCCAAAGAAGGAUCCUUCUAUCCUUCCUUUGCCUCUCGUUUCUUUUGCUCGUCGCCGGCAGCCCUGACUCGACUCGAUCACGAAAACCUUCUUCACUCGCUCUCUCUCUCUUCCACAUUCGUUCAAUUGGCAACAGCAACUGCGUGAGCGUCUCGUCAUUAUCCAGCACCUACGAAGCACGACACGACAAUUCUUCUCAAGUUUUGAGUUUAGAGUUUUAAGUUUCGAGUCUCUCGCCCCGGUCGCAAUUCCGGGUCAGUCACGAGAACGACCGGCGACUCCCCCCCCCGCCGUGUUUCCAUUCGACUCGACUCGAUCCGAUCCGAUCCGACCGAACGACCCCCUCCGCCAGCUCCCGCCCCGAACCGGGUCUCACCCACCUCAACCCGGCCCAUCAUGCUCUCCACAUUCCUCCUGGCCCUCGUGCCCCUCGUCGCCGCGACGUCGUCAUCGAAACGCGGCCUUGUCUUCACCCCCAAUUCCAAUUGGCCCCAGGACAACCAGAUCUGGGUCCAGCCGGGCUCCGACCUGACGUGGUACUACAACUAUCAGGAGAUUCCCAGCCCGGCCUAUGCCUCCAAAUCUCAGGAGGAGUUCGAGUUCGUGCCCAUGAUGUGGGGUGUCACGUCCAAUCCCGAUGACACGACAUUCCUCAAGAGCGUCAAGAGCCUGAUCAAGGACAAAGGCAUCAACAUCACCCACGCCCUCGCCUUCAACGAGCCCGACGGUCCUACCCAGUACGGCGGCAGCGACAUAGCCCCCGCCAUCGCCGCCAAAGCCUGGGUCGCCAACUUCAUCCCUCUGCAGGAGCUCGGCGUCAAGGUCGGCCUGCCUGCCUGCACCGGCGCCCCCGCCGGGCUGCCGUGGCUGAAGCAGUUCCUCGGUAACUGCUCCGACAUCAUCAGCGACGGUGGGGAGAAGAAGAACUGCACCUACGACUUUCUUCCCGUGCAUUGGUACGACAACUUCGGGGGUCUGGCCAGCCACAUUGGCGAGCGUGUUGCCAAUUUCCCCGACACCAAGAUCUGGGUCACCGAAUAUGCUUAUGCCCACCAGGAGCUCGCCGCUACUCAGGAGUUCUACAACAUGAGCGCCGACUACUUUGACCGCAUCGACUACAUCGAGCGGUACACCUACUUUGGUGCCUUCCGCUCCAAGACUAGUAACGUCGGCCCCAAUGUCCCCUUCCUCAACAACGACGGCAAGGUCACCGACAUCGGCGCGUGGUACAUGGGAAUGGCCUCGACCGGCGUCAAUCCCCAGUCUGGCGACAAGAGUGCCGCUCUUCGAGGGACGGCCCCGGUGCUCGGCGCCUUCGUGGCGGCCCUCGCUGGUGUUGCAUUUACACUCACUUCAUGAUUUUGGAGUUGGGCACCAUCUUUAUAAUGAGCAUUUGGGUAAAUUGACUUUUUGAUGACGACACAAAACGGGAAACAGUACCGGCACCAGUCAAACAUACACUAUAUAGACGGACAUAGGGACGGGGCUCCCAGCAUCAAUUCAUAUACUAGUAAUGUCUUUCUCCUUGUUGGAUAGAAUGCGGAAAACGGGACAGAAAUGGGCGACGGGGCGUUUGUAGUCUAGGGUUGGGGUCCGGCCCAUGAGGAGACGUCUCAGGCGCCCCUAGAUAUGAAUAUGAACGACCGCAUCUGAACGUACCUAUCCGUGCCGCUGCCCAAGUUUUGUCUUUAUGGCCGGUCUUCGCGCUGGAUCUUCGCAGGCUGGUUUUGUCCUCGGUCCAAAGUCGGCAUGUUGGCCAAGGGCAGUGGUUUUUUUGACUUUGGGGCAGUACAGUACACGAAGUCAGGGUCGCAAACUCUGAGCCAACUCAUGUGCCAUCCGAUCGAAUCUGUGUUGUUGGUCAGCAAGUC